CUAGAACUUCAGCAUUUUUGCCGACAACACAUCCUUUAUCUUCAGCUGCCAAGGUGUGCGAUCUAUCGAGUCCAGAAACCCAUGAUACCAGCAUCCUGGCAUGUGCUGCAUCAUUCGAAUUAGAAGUUGUUGAUCUAUUCGAGGUGGUGUCUGGCGCGCGUUGUCAACACGCUGUUAUCCAGCAUCAACCCACUGCGAAAGUACCGCGAACGCGAAAGCGACGCGCUUUCUAUCCAACAUCUACUUGUUCAAAGGAUAUCUCUCUGCUUCCAGGAAUUUCAGCCAGAUUUGAAAUAUGACCACAAUACCGACGCCUCCAUCGACAACUCUGUCAGAACCCCCCUCGCCAACGGAACGACCAACAACAGUAAGCUUCAUUGACCCGUUUGAGGACGACGAUGAGAACAAAAUGUCUGCAACGAAACGCAUUAUUAAGACCACCACCACGACCAUUACUCCCAUAAGGCUGCAUCCAAAACCUGUUUAUGUGAUAGUGGCGACCAGUCUCAACCCGCCCAUGGGCAUCGGCAAUCAAGGCGAUCUCCCCUGGCCACCUAUCAAGGCAGACAUGGCGUUCUUCAGGAAAGUCACUUCCCAUAUCGCCCCUUCAGAAGCAGCGUCCACCUCCCGCGCAUUCAACGCUGUUGUCAUGGGUCGGAAGACCUGGGAAAGCAUUCCCGCCAAAUUUCGACCACUAUCAAACCGAGUGAACGUUAUAAUCACACGAAGCAAAUCCAGUGAUCUAGGUCGGCGCAUCAUCGAGCAAUUGAAAACCUCUCAGGGAGAAAAUGGCGAGUGGACUCUCCACGAAUUUGCAACGAGCUCAAAACCUCGAAAGUCCAAACCGCUCGGCACGAACAACGCCAGCACCAUUCUCACACCUCCUUCAUCUACUCCGGCACAAGCUCCAAUCCUGAUCACACCAUCGCUACCGUCAAUCCUCUCGAUGCUCUCGAAAUCAACCAUAACGUAUAAACCCUCCGGCCCCAGCACCGAAUCAACAGCCCAGUCGAUCACAAUCAACAAAAUCUUCUGCAUUGGUGGUGCCGAAAUAUAUCGCCAGAUCCUCUCAAUGUCCUCGGUCUACUCUGACCGGGUCCCACUGAGCAACGCGACCAAUCAACCGGACUCUGAGACCGAAACCGAUACGGACGGCGAAGGAGAAGGCGACAGCGCCUUCGAUGUGCGCAUCCUGCAGACGCAAGUCCGCAAGAUCCCGUCCCCAGAAUCUACAUCGUCAUCGACGAACCUCUGCAAGCAACGCUCACCCGAACCAGACUUUGAAUGCGACACCUUCUUCCCGGACUUGUUGCCGGCAGAUCCGACGAUCAAAUCUGCAAAGUGGAAACCCUUACUGGCCCAGUGGCUGAACGAAUGGAUUGAUGGGGUAGAAGUGCCGCAAGCACAGGCCCAGCGACAAUCAGAAGCCGAUGCUGACUCUGUGUCCAGUGGCUGGUACAAGGAUGAAAAGGCCGGCAUCGAGAUUCGUGUGGUCGGAUGGGAGCGGCGAGGCGCGAGGAGUGACUCUGUUAUUAGCCUCCCUCAUAAUUUCAAGGCAUGAUCGAAGCAGAACCUCCUGGGACGCUUUGGGUCUGUUUAUAGUAGGUGCUUAUUGCGACAUUGGGAGCCACUGCAGGCUAUUUAGGUGCCUUGUCCAUUGGAAAGAUAAUUUGGAAUGUAACGGAAAGUCCGCGUGACCAGCAGUAUCAUGGAUGUACCUUCGAGAAAAGGACUAGAGAUAAUCUACCAAGAUUUGACCGAGUUCUUGGAAACGAACUACAUCAAUGAAGGUCCACUUCAAGAUGAAAUCAGGCGUUGCUCAAACAGCACCAAAUGAUGGUAUCAAUACUAGUAGCU